AUGACGCCGCUGCCCCGCGACGCGGCGCGUUGCGCUCCGAGCCUCCCCCGGAAGCGCCGCCCCGCUCCCGGCCUUCCCAUUGAGGACUUGUGCAGCCUGACAUCCCAGUCGCUGCCUGUUCUGGUGACAGCUGCAGUGCCGGAAUCCACGGAGGAUGUCCUUUUGAAGGGAUUUGCAACACUGGGGAUGGAGGAUGAAAGAAUUGAAACAGCACAGCAGUUCUUCUCCUGGUUUGCUCAGGUGCAAACACAGAUGGAUCAAGAUGAAGGUGCCAAGUAUAGACAGAUGAGGGAUUACUUGUCUGGCUUUCAGGAGCAGUGUGAUGCUAUCUUGAAUGAUGUGAAUAGUGCCCUUCAGCACCUGGAGUCACUACAAAAACAGUAUCUUUUUGUGUCCACAAAGACAGGAACGCUGCAUGAGGCCUGUGAACAGCUUUUGAAAGAGCAGUCAGAGCUUGUUGACCUGGCUGAAAACAUCCAGCAGAAACUUUCUUACUUUAAUGAGCUGGAAAACAUCAACACUAAACUGAAUUCCCCUACGCUGUCUGUGAACAGUGAAGGAUUCAUUCCCAUGCUGGCUAAGCUUGAUGAUUGUAUUGCAUAUAUUUCAUCACAUCCAAAUUUUAAAGACUAUCCUGUGUAUUUGACAAAGUUUAAACAAUGCCUUUCUAAAGCUAUGCACCUUAUCAAGACAUACACUGUGAAUACACUACAGAACCUCACAACCCAGUUAAUGAAAAGGGAUCCUUCAGCUGUGCCAAAUUCUGACAAUGCCUUCACUCUGUUUUAUGUGAAAUUCAGGGCAGCUGCUCCCAAAGUCAGAACUCUUAUUGAACAAGUAGAGCAAAGAUCUGAAAAAAUGCCAGAGUAUCAGCAAGUUCUCAAUGAAAUCCAUCAAUGUUACCUCGACCAGCGGGAGCUUUUGCUUGGUCCAAGUAUCGCUAGCACUGUUACAGAAUUAACCAGUCAGAAUAACAGAGAUCAUUGUGCUCUGGUACGAAGUGGUUGUGCCUUCAUGGUCCAUGUAUGCCAGGAUGAACAUCAGCUUUACAAUGAAUUCUUCACAAAACCAACACCAAAACUGGAUGAACUCUUGGAGAAGUUGUGUCUUUCAUUAUAUGAUGUCCUGAGGCCAAUGAUCAUCCAUGUCAUUCACUUAGAGACACUUUCUGAACUCUGUGGGAUUCUCAAAAAUGAGAUGCUUGAGGAUCAUGUACAGAACAAUGCUGAACAACUGGGUGCGUUUGCCGCUGGCGUCAAGCAGAUGCUGGAAGAUGUACAGGAGCGCCUUGUCUAUAGGACGCAUAUUUACAUUCAGACUGACAUCACCGGCUACAAGCCUGCGCCGGGCGAUCUCGCCUAUCCUGACAAGCUGGAAAUGAUGGAGCAAAUUGCACAGAGUUUGAAAGAGGAGCAGAAGAAGCUGCCAUCUGAAGCUUCAUUUUCAGAUGUCCGGCUAGAAGAUGCUGAGUCCUGCAGUUUAGUUACAUCUGGUUCAGCUGAAUCCCUUAAUCCCAGGCAUCAGAGCACAAUUUCACCUGCAGAUCUGCAUGGAAUGUGGUAUCCUACUGUCAGAAGGACUCUAGUGUGUCUCUCCAAACUGUACAGAUGUAUAGAUAGGGCAGUGUUUCAGGGAUUAUCGCAAGAGGCCUUAUCUGCCUGCAUCCAGUCACUGCUGGGAGCUGCUGAUUCCAUCAGCAAAAACAAGAGCCAGGUUGAUGGACAGCUUUUCUUAAUAAAACACCUUCUGAUUCUUCGUGAACAAAUUGCUCCUUUCCACACUGAUUUCACCAUUAAGGAAAUUUCCCUGGACCUUAAGAAAACUAGAGAUGCAGCGUUUAAAAUCCUGAAUCCUAAGGCAGUUUCAAGAUUUUUUAGACUAAACAGCAACAACGCCUUGAUACAGUUCUUACUGGAGGGUACUCCAGAAAUCAGAGAGCAUUAUAUUGACUCCAAGAAAGACGUAGAUCGUCAUCUGAAAUCAGCUUGCGAGCAGUUUAUUCAGCAGCAAACCAAACAGUUUAUAGAACAGCUGGAGGAGUUCAUGACAAAGGUAGCUGCUUUAAAAACAAUGGCCACUCAAGGAGGUCCCAAUUACAGCCUUUCACAGCAACCUUGGGCACAACCAGCAAAGAUCAACGAUCUGGUCUCUUCCACUUACAAGACAAUAAAAACAAAGUUGCCAUCAACUUUACGAAGCAUGUCCUUAUAUUUGUCCAAUAAAGAUACAGAAUUAAUUCUGUUUAAGCCAGUCAGGAAUAACAUUCAGCAAAUGUUCCAGAAACUCCAUGCUCUGUUAAAGGAAGAAUUUAGUAAUGAAGACCUCCAGAUCAUAGCUUGUCCUUCGAUGGAACAGGUGAACUUACUGUUGUCGAUGUCCAAGUAGCCCAGCAGUGAGGCUGCUUGAAAUAAGCUUCAGUCAAAUGCCAGAAAGUGAAGGGAGCGCAGAGAUAUUUGCUUGAAGUAAACGAAGGAUCCCACUGUGCAGUCCAGUCUGCAUCAAAACUAUCCAGGCUGCUUAACCAUGUUUUAGGGAAAAAACACAAAAUGGACAGGUUUGUUGAUUGGUAAAGGUCUUCCUGAUCAUUGGCUUGAUCAGUGGGCAGAAGAAAAUGAAACAAAAACCCCUUUGCUGAUCACUCUUAUGGAAGCUUAAAUACUGCCUUUUCCAGAUAUUUUCAAAAUUGAAAACCUUUCUUGUUUGUUUUUUUUAAUUUAAAAGCCAUUCUUGCUUUCCCUUGAUAUACCCAAUGGAAAGUCACACUUUCAAAGAGACGCUGGAAAUACAAUGCAGGGAAUCAAAUGUGAGCAGCAAUAUAUAUUUGUGAGACUUGGGAGAUGACCACAUUGGUAUGACAAUUUGACUUAUGGAGUCAUGCUCUGAGUUUUUCUUUAACUUCCCUGAAAAUCCUGGUAAUCCACCACAUGCUUGAAAGUAAUUCAGAGGUUCUUGCUUGGGAAAACUUAAUUUCUCACAUGUGAAGUGUUUCUUGAA